AGCAUUUUACCAUGUCAUGUUAAUACUUUAUCAAAUCUGUCAAAUCAUUACUAAUGGUUUGGGAGGACAGCCUUUUGGAGAAUGACAUAGCAAGACUUGAUAAUGAUAAAAUGUUGACUGGACAUCCUAACAGCCAGGGUGCUCUUUAUGUCGGCAAGGCAGCAAAGCAGCUUAUCCCAGUUUUCCGCAACAGAAAACCUUUCAAAUAGUUGUUAUUCACAUAGACACGUAUUUGAAUAAAGGCCAAAAACUCAGAAAUUGCUGUGCCAGAUUUGAGGCUGACUGUAGGCUGAGUUUUAUACACCAUUAUUGUAUAGAAGUCAAAGCCACCAGAAGUCUUGCAGUGCUUGUGUGAGCAGACUCAGAGAUGGGAGUCUGCCAGCUCUUUUUCCUUUUACCAGGCAUGAAGGUACAUGUCAGAGAGUAUGCUUUUGUUCAUCUAAAACUUUACAAUUCUCAUAAUCACCCCAUGGGAAGGAAAGCUUCCAUUCUUCCAGAGGAGUCACAGAGGCAUGGUGCUGAGUAUCGUGGAACCAGAGACUCCCAGGUUUGCCUGAUCUAUCCUGUCUCUCCAAUCCCCACCUCACUGGGCUCAUGGUGGCCUCACAGGUCUACUCUUCCUCACCUCAGUGGUGACUGCCUUUUGUAGACUUCUUCCAAGCACAGGUUUUUAUUCUGAGAGACAAAGGGAAAGCGGCUGACCGUGAACCGAAACAUUUACACAGAUCUUCAUUUAUAAAGUUGUGAUCCAGCUGUCUCAUUUUCCUUUCUCAAAAAUCACUUUCUGAGGAUGGCUCAGAAAAAAGCAUCAUCAUGCCCACCUGGCUUUAGGUCUUUAGGUGUCACCGAAAUGGCAGUACACUGGUGCUGCCCUGAGACAGGUCAAGGCUAUGCAUUUCAGAUGAAGUCUAUCUCUUCUUUUCUUUAAAUCUAAUCUGUUUGGAGAAACGGCCCAAGAAGCAUCAUCUUGAAACAUGCUUGUUUGAACAUUCACAUGGUCACAAGUCCUGAACACGUACAACUGGCCUUAUCCUGAACAUUAUACACAGACUGUCAAAAUGUUCACCAGGGAGAAAGAGGAUUUAUCAAUUUUUAAAAAUUCAGUAAGAAAGUGAGAAUCAAUGCCAUCAAGUUAAAAUGAUCUCUAACAGUGCAUAUAUUCUGUUGUUUCAAAGUAGAACAGUGAAAUGAAAUUCACGUAUCUCUCAUUUAAAAUUACAAUGUAUUCUGGAAAUGAUAUUAAAUCUGAAGGGUUGGGAGGAGAAUAUUUAAAGAAGAAAAUAUUUAAUUGAGAAAUGUCAAAUAAUGACAUGAGGUUUUGUUUGUUCAUUUCCACCAUUCUUCCAAGACCACUUGGAAGAUCAUUUCCUGUAAACUACUCCAUAGACCAUUGAGGCUCAACAGUGGGCCUUGUAUCUGAAAGAAGAUCUUCAGGAUGUGAAAAGUAUUCCUGGAAUAUUUACAUGUAAAGAAACGCCUUUGUUUUAAGAAGUCAUCUGGUAGCCAGUUGUGAGCUCAGCUGCUAAACUGCUGGUAUUCUAGGGACACUGUCUGUGCCUCCAGCCCCAUCCCCAAAAAGUGACAGAUUUGGGUAGUGAAUCCAAUUCCAGCUGAAUCUGUGAACUGCACAUGCCAGAACUGUAGGACUAGCAGAGACUUCAAAAGUUCCUCUAGCCUUUCUAGGCUUUCAGAAGGAACUGCCUACUGGGACUUUACUUGGGAUAGCCUUUUAUAAUUUUCUAAGGAUGCUUAUGGAAAUGUUCUUACAGCCUAACUCAGGACCUCUUAGAGAGGUAGGAAAGGUAAAUGUUAUUGCACAAAUGGGAAAACUGAAAAAUCAAGACUAAACUGUGAGCUAGCCCAGAGUAAGUAGCAGAUAGGAACUAAUAAUGAUGCAAAUCUUCAUAAUUUUCCUCUUCCCAUCACAGUUGAGAAAACUAAGAACAUAGUUCAGGUGUGGAGUCUAGUCCUUCCUCUGUCACUGUCUAGCUGUGUACCCUGAGUCAAUCAUGUCUUUGUGGCUCAGUUUCCUCAAGUGAGAAUGGUAAUUCCUGCUCUACCAAGGAGCUGUAAGGAACACACAAUAUGCAUAGUCCCUUCUUCACCCAUGCUAGGAAAAGAGGAUGUAAAAUCCUUACUACUUGAAUGAUAGGAAAAUUGAGACCAGAUGAUACAACAAGUUAGGAUGAGAAGCCCAAGUCCUCCUGGCUUAUCUUCUAAUGAGAUAUUUCUUUUGUCAAAUCAGUUAGCUUCUUUGUCUCUCAGUUUCUUCAGCUAGACUUAGGAGGUCUUUCCAGAACAAAGAAUAUUUCUUCCUAUUCAGCCCAUAAGGUUUCUAUCCUAGUUUUCUUUCCUAUACAUCAUGCUGCCUCUGAAACUCUAUUUUCCCUAAAGAUGAAUGGCUAAGACAUUUACAUGCUAUAAAAAGGCAAGGGAUUGCCAAAUCAGUGUGACACAUUUGAGUCCCACAGUGAUUCUCUCUCUUUUUUUUUUUUUUUUAAGGAUUGUUAGGAGCCUGUAGCAGCCUAAUGGAAUUAAAAUCACCAAGCAAAGCAUAAUGAGGAGUAGGAGUCAAAUUAUUUUAGGAACUACUAAGACACUGUAUGUGGCCUACUCAGAGAAACUCACUAAGAUCAUUAGCCUGUAUGACACCCAGCAGGGACAGCCAUCUCAGAAGUGUCCCCUCCUUGCCAGGGAUCAUUAAUGCUGCUCAGCUCUGACCACAGCAGCCAAUGUCAGCCCCUCAAAGAAUCAGCCACUUAAUUAGAUCUGGAGAACAGAAGGGAAAGGCAAGUUUUCAAGAUAAAAUGCAGGGCAGAGUUUAGGAAAAGGGAAAGCCAGGGGCAGAAUGGAUCUUUUCACAUUAGUCUUUCACUACAUCUGACACAAGGAGAUUUAAAAAUUUACAACAAAUGGAUUGAAUGCCAUAAAGAGCUAGGAAGAGCAUCUUUUCUGGACUUGAAGAGUCAUCUGCCCGGAGGGAUCAUCCUCCCUCAGACUGCAUUCCUCGCCCCCACGUGGACUUAGUGGGCUGGAGGCCCAGGCAGAAACUGGCUGUGACUUUUCCAGUGAUGAAGGAGAGGGUGUCUGAGACACACUGCACCCACACUUGCAGCCUGGGGAAUCAUGUGGUAUCCCGCUUGCUACCUGCCUGUCAGUCUGCUUUGCUUCUGGUGUUCCUCACAGGGACUACAUUAGGAGGGAGAACAUGGUGAAGAGCGUUCUUUACCUCCUGGCUGAGAGAAAAUUAUUCCUUCUCCACAGCCAUUAACACACUUACACACACCAUAACCUUAUUUUGGUCCAACCCUUUACAAUUCACAAAGUGUUUCCAUGCCUAUUUUCUUGAUCCCUGAAUAACACAGAGAGGGGAUGGGGCAAGUGCUAUACAUUUCACAGAUGAGAAAAGUGAAACUCAGAAUAAUAUAGGCCAUUUGCCCAACAUCCCAAAGGUAAAGGGGGAUUCAGGCCUCCCUCAAACCUACAUCUGUUGGCAAACCUUAUACUUUCUACCAUUCAAAGGGAAUCCAACCUUUUUUCUUCUAAAUUAAUCUGAAGUUUUUUUAUUCGGUACUAAAAUAUGCAGAACAAGGUACACAGGUAGAUCAAAAAGAAGAAACAUGAAGAAAUGGCCCCUCAUUUCAAGGAAAUGAAUUUUUAUAAACAAAUCAAAUUAUAAAUGUUCAACAAAAAGCAAACUUACAUGUGUGGCAUCAUUCUUCAAAGUGUGGUAGAGAUAAAUACCGGCUUGGAAGGUGCUAACGGGCUGGAGGUGUACGGAGUUAAUUUUCUGGAGAAGGGAGGUUUGGCACUGACUUUUUGGGUCCUAUUCUCAGAGCAUCCACUUGGAGCAUCUGUUGAAAUCACAGCAGAUGGAACACAUCAGAAAUGUAUUUUCCUUUUUAUUUAUUUUAGUUCCUUGGAGAAUCCUGGCACCUAGGUACUGUGGAGUGCCAAUGGACACCUGAUCCCCUGCUGCCUUUGUUUGAAAACAAAGAAGUUUUGUUGUGCUGAUUUAACUGCCUACAAUCUUUGCUGAUGCUAUCGUUUAAAAAAUGCUGAUUCUGCCCUUUUUAACCCCUGUGUGAAACUGACUUCUAACAUACUUGUGCAUUCUUUGACCCUGCAUAAAGAUGUCUGAACCUGACUCUUCAUCUGUAUUUUCGGGUAACGUGGAGAAUGGAACUUUCCUUGAGCUAUUUCCCACAUCCCUGUCCACAUCAGUGGACCCUUCCUCAGGCCACCUGUCGAAUGUCUACAUCUAUGUGUCCAUAUUCCUCAGCCUUUUAGCAUUUCUGCUUCUGCUUUUAAUCAUUGCCCUCCAGAGGCUCAAAAAUAUCAUCUCCUCCAGUUCCUCCUACCCGGAGUAUCCAAGUGAUGCUGGAAGUUCUUUCACCAAUUUGGAAGUAUGUAGUAUUUCCUCUCAAAGGUCCACUUUCUCAAACCUUUCCUCAUGAAGAAGAUGGAAGAAUUCCUGAAUGCUGCAGCAGCCUAGGUUUUCCCUUGCAGGAAGUGUCACAUGAACCAGUUGCUUCAUGAAAGAAAUAACCCCAUUCUUUUCCAACCAAUUAGACCUGUUUCUCCUCCUUCACCCCUCAUUUCUUGUUCCAUUCAUGAUGCUUUUCAUUUGUGAAUGUAGGAGUUGAUGCUGACUCAGAGAAAUGUGUGCAAACCUCGAGGGGCAGAAUUUCACACAAACCACCUGACAAAUCGGAGCAGACCUCUUCAAGGUGAAUCAGUUCAUUUCACUCUGCUGGACACCUGAGGCAGAACUCAUCUGAGGCGGCCUCACAGUGGGUGCUGGAUAUGGACUCCUGUACUUCAUUUCUCUUACAAAACCGUGAAACCAACUGAGCUUGCAGAAACUGAGCUACUUAGAAGAUAUUCUCCAUAUUUAAAAGAUAAAAUGGAAACACCAAAUUAGAAAAAAAGAGUCAAUUUAGAUUUAAUGUAUAACAUUUCUAAGACCUGAGGCAAAAUAUGCUAAAUGUUUUAUUUUCACUUUAACACAUGAAAAUCACAUUUAUUGAUGAAUUAAGUCAUCAUGGAGAAGUUCUAGAAGAGCUUAACUUUGAAUAGCAAGACAAGUAUGUGUUAUGAUGCAGUCUGUAAGUAUUUUUGCCUCUUGGGUUUUUUUUUCUAUUUACAUUAUAGUCAUAAUACCCCUACUGUUGUAGAAUUCUUUGUGAUAAUUGCUGUUACUAAGAGAAACACCCUAAGAGACAGCAAGAAGUUUUUAUUUUAUAUCUAUACUUUCCAUUAGUGGAAAUUAAGCAUAUGGAAAAUAUUCACUUAGUUCUGUUUUCUGCAGUAAUAACUCCUAGCAGUCAUGUAAGCAUGUUCCUUUAUUCAGUUUCAUAGUCUUAUCAUUUUAGCGCAGAAUUCUGUUAAGGCUCCCAGAUGUCAGAUGUUUGCUCACUCACAUUAGGUUGCAAAACUUAAGAGACUAAAUUGCUAAUAUACAUGUUAUUAUAUACUCCAUGAAUGUUACAGGUCUCUGAUAAUUAGUUGUUCUACGUUAACGUAAUGCUUUGCAUUAGAAUUCCAGGAUGUGGGUUUUUAUUAAAAAUUGUAGACAUUCAAGUUAUGUCACUGCUGGGAGCUUAGUGAUCAUGGGUGCCAUGAUACUGUGGUCACCCAAGCACUGAACUUAGGGGCUUUGUCCAUGAAAUGAGGCAUACAUGUGAGCACAGACUUCGAAUAUGGAAGAAAUCAAGCUCCCUCUAAAAACAAAACAAAGCAAAUAAACUACAGCUUCUUCAGAGUAAGAAUUUUAAUUUAAUUUUAAAAACAAAUGGCCCACAGCAUAAACAUUGAACGUCAUCAGCCUACGGAGCCCACUGCAUCAACAGGCCGUCUUCCCAUGGCAACUGGAUCAUUUCUUAUUCAAAACAUUUUCUAAUCUUAAAUAGUGGAGUUUCAAUACACGCUUUGGAAUGAUUGUGCAGGUGAUACCCUCUAGUAACUCAAACAGGGUAAAGAAUCCACCAUUUUUACAAGGUAUAUCUUUGUCAUUCUAAAAUGCUAAGAGAGAUGAGGACUGGUAAUGAGGAUCUGAAGUUUCUUCUUCUUUUUUUUUUUUAAUCCAUAAGCUUCACUUAAAUCAGACCACAUUGACCUAUUUAUAUCAAAAAUGUCCCCAGACACUGUAAGACCUGCACAGAGUUGCUGUCCUAAAAUGUGUAAUUAGUGAAAAAUAUGCCUCCGCUGCCAUUAAAGCAUGGCGGUGUGUUGCAGUGUUAUUAUGUGGUAUAAAUGUUGGACUAGAUGAACUCCACUAUUUUAGAUCAUUAUCAGCAGCCUAUCAAUAUGUGUGUGUGUACUAAUGUACAUAUAUAUUUUUUCACACACUCCCAAUUAAAAGUUACGUGGAAGCUACAGGAUUACAGAGAAAUCUGUGUUACCACUUUUGCUUGUUGAUUAAUUUUGUGCUACUUUGGUUAUUGAGGGAGAAAGGAUAUGGAUACAGCGAUUUAAAAAAUAAUAAUAAAGAAACAAGUUUGCCGAACAAUAGGACAAUCUGAGUAUGAUCUGUGCUAAGGGGUAGAUUUAUACGCUUUCUUUCUGAGAAUAAAACUGCUUUUAGAAAAAUCUGCAGGCCUACCCCUGCCCACCCCCCACUGCCGCAAUGGUUCUUGCUCUCUGGGUUAAGUAAAGUAAUUAGAAACAACAUUCACGAAUGAAAAUUAAGACUUGUCAGUUUUGCCAGGAUAACAGAUUGUACAAUUUGAGAUGAAUCUGUGUUGUCUAAGAAGUUCAGAAAGGUUGGAAUACUGGUUUAUAAAUAAAGAAGUAG